CAGAAUUGAUUCCAUCGUAAUCAGCACCCACGGUUUCUCACUCCUUCUCAAUUUUGUAAAUUGUUUGGUUACACCGCCCUCAGGUGCCUGCAGAUACCCAGAAAACGUCCCCAAGCCGAAAUUGGUCAGCCAUCUCACUGCAGUGAAUUACUGAUUUUUUUUAAUUCUGCUAUCAAGGGUGCCAUCUCACGCUCGCCUCCUGUUCAAUUUUAGUCUUCCAGCCGUCCACAAGCAGCUUGUCGGUUCCAGUGGAAGCCAUCAAUACUCGCCGACCCAAAUUUGCCAACACAUCUUCCCGCUGUUGGUCGCCUGAUUGCGCCACUACCGGAGUCCAUUCGGUACACCAUGGAAUUCAAUGAACCGCUUCCCGCCCAAGGCCAAAACAGCGGCGGUCAAGACGCCGAGAAGACACCGCAAUCCGAUGACUCCGAUCCGGUUGGUAUCAACACGACGCCCAAGAAGGGCAAGAAGUCUCUGGCCGUUUAUGUCAGCUUCUUUGGCAUCACCGUGGACGCCUUUGUAUUUUCCCUUGAUGUCACUACCCUAGCCGUAGCUCUUCCGUCCAUUGCGAAGCAAUUGUAUGGCACCACUCUGCAGUCAUUUUGGGCGAGCAUUGUGUACUUGUUAUGCGUCGUCAUCACCCAGCCGCUGUACACCGCCGGCUUCCUGAUGUUCACUCUGGGUUCAACUGGUCUCGGCGGCGGGGGCAUGGAUCUCAUGGCUGAGGUCAUCGUGGCGGACUUGACGAAGGAGCGCUCCUUAUACCUCGGGCUCCUGGCUCUUCCCACCGCCAUUGGAAGCAUUCUGGGGCCGGCACUGAGCGCUCUCUUCAGUACCUACGUAUCCUGGCGCUGGAUCGGUUGGAUCAACCUACCAUUACCGGUUGUGUCUUUCUUCUUGGUCGUCUUCUUUCUUCGUCUGCGACCGGUUGAUGCCUCGAUUAUGGCCAAGCUCAAACGCCUCGACUGGGGUGGGAUACUCCUGUCUUUUGUUGGAAUUAUGGUUUUUGUCGUCCCGCUCAGUUGGGCGAAUGCCUUACAUCCCUGGGCAUUCCCCCUUCGCCUCUUCCAUUCGAAAACCGUAAACCUAACGAUCCUCGCCAACUUCAUUCACGGAGUCUCGCUCUACUCACUGCUACAGUACUUGCCCCUUUUCUACCAGGCCGUCAAGCUUGACACGCCUGUAGGAUCGGCUAUCACACUGCUUCCCACUAGCGUUUUGAGCGUGGUUUUCGCUGUUGUCGGCGUGAUUCUGACUCGUCCACCCCUAUAUUUUUUUGGCCUUCCCAUCUUGUGGGGUGUGGCUAUCGGCGCCCUCAUGCGUCUUCUCCAUCUUCCCAUACAGGCAAGCGUGGCCGAUAUCAAACACACGGGCCUUGCCACCGGGCUGCUGCUUUUGAUCCGCCUCAUGGGCGGUGUUGUCGGGUUGGCGCUGGGAUCGACCAUAUUCAACAGUGUCUUUGCCUCGUCCAUCAUCAACUUGGAGCUCCCGGGCUCACUAACCAUCCUCCAAGAUGCAAGUCAGGCCAUUGGCUUCAUUCCUCCAAUUUGGCUGAUUCCUCGAGAUACUGUCGGCACCUAA